GGUUGCGAAGUGAGUGACAUCACAAACGCCUGCCGCUCUAGGAAGCUGCACUCGCUUGCCUUUAACCCUUGGAGCUCCGCAAGAGGCGAAGAGGCUGCGGGAGCGUCUCGCGGGGGAAGAGUUCCAGACAUGCCCCAGAUACAGAAGCUGGAAGCCAUUUGACCCUUUUGGUGUGUAAAAUCAUCUCUUGGUGGGGGGAGCUGAUGCGACCAUUCCGGUGGCUAUAGGAUCGGUCCUAUAAUUGAAAAGGCAUUUGGAGAUCCGCAACAACCGUUGGACAAAUUUAGAGUUAUGUUAGAGGACACAGACAGAAUGGAGACGCAACUUUUAGCAAGUGAAAGAACUAGAAAAGGCUCUUCUGUUCAGUCUGGGAGCUGUGGGGAGAUUUGGGCAAGAACUGGGAAGAAGAUCCUCCAGGAGGAAACCAUCAUCUCUUCAAAAAUUCAACCCUGGAACUUGAGGAGCCUCCAAUACCAGGAAGCUGAGGGUCCCCGAGGACUUUGUGGCCGACUCCACGACUUUUGUCGGCGAUGGUUGAAACCAGAAAACCACACCAAAGAGCAGAUACUGGACCUGGUUGUUCUGGAGCAGCUCUUGGCCCUUCUGCCCCCAGAGAUGGAGAGCUGGGUACAGGAAUGUGGAGCAGAAACAAGCUGCCAAGCGGUGGCCUUGGCGGAAGGCUUCCUCCUGAGCCAGGCAGAGGAGCAGAAGGAGCAGGUCAAGUUGCAGUCCAUUGCUGUGGAGAUUGGAGAUCCUGAGGGAUCAUCAAAUCCCCAUCAGGAGCUGCUUUUCAGGAGGAACCCUGAGGAAGAUCCAAAUCAGGAUACCUCAAAAGAGAAACAUAAAAUGAAAUUUUCUGAUUUUUCUGGUGGAGCUGAAACAGUGGUUGAACCUCCAACUGAAGAGCCUCUUGUAUCCUUUGAGGAGGUAGCUGUGUAUUUCUCCAAGGAGGAGUGGUCUCAGUUGGAUCCUGACCAAAAAGCGCUCCAUUCUGAAGUCAUGCUGGAAAAUCAUAGUAACGUGGCCUCUCUGGGCAAUAAUGGGCAAGAGAAUAAAGAUACCCAGGAACCAUUUCAAGUAUUCAAUGCUGGAGAUGAAACACAGAAGUCUCAAGUUGAAAUGGAAAUACAAAUUCAUGAAAGAAACCAGAAAAAUGAUUGGAAUCUGGAAAGCUUGUUUUCCAUUGAUGCUCAGAUGCAAGACUUUCUUGUUCAGCCAGAAAAAAUAAAGAAAAAAUAUACUGGGAAAAAUGUAAACCUGUUGAAAGACAAGUUAGGUGUAAACGAACACUAUUCAACAGAAACUGAAGCAGAAGAUUAUAUAUCCAGAGACAAUUGGACUUUCACCCUUCAUCAUGAAAAUGGAUCCCUUACAUCUUGUGAAAAGAACCAUACAGAAGAGAAGCGAUAUAAAUGCUUAGAAUGUGGAAAGAGCUUCAGAAGAAGCAGUCAAGUUGCUUCCCAUAACUGGAUCCACACUGGGGAAAAGCCAUAUAAGUGCAUGGAAUGUGGAAAAAGUUUCAGUGAGAGCCGUUCACUUACAUCUCAUAAAUGGAUCCAUACAGGGGAGAAGCCAUAUAAAUGCAGACAGUGUGGAAAGGGCUUUGGUGAAAAUGCAUCCCUUGUGAAACAUAAAAGGAUUCACACAGGCGAGAAGCCAUAUAAAUGUACGGAGUGUGGAAAGAGCUUUAUUCAGAGCAGUCAUCUGUCUUCCCAUAAAAGGAUCCACACAGGGGAGAAGCCAUACAAAUGCAGAGAGUGUGGAAAGGGCUUUACAAAUAGCAGUCAUCUUACUUCUCAUAAAAGGAUCCACACAGGAGAGAAGCCAUACGAAUGCAGAGAGUGCGGAAAGAACUUUACAAAUAGCAGUCAACUUAUUUCCCACAACUGGAUCCACACAGGGGAGAAGCCAUAUAAAUGUUUGGAGUGUGGAAAGAGCUUUACUAAUAGAAGUCAACAUACUUCUCAUAAAAAGAUCCACACAGGAGAAAAGCCAUAUAAAUGUGUGAAGUGUGGAAAAUCUUUUACUAAUAGCAGUCAACUAACUUCCCAUAACUGGAUCCACACAGGGGAGAAGCCAUAUAAGUGUCUUGAAUGUGGAAAAGGCUUCUGUCGAAGGAGUUCCUUUACUUCUCAUAAAAGGAUCCACACAGGGGAGAAGCCAUAUACGUGCAGAGAGUGUGGAAAGGGCUUUACUAAUAGCAGUCAUCUUACUUCCCAUAAAAGGAUCCAUACAGGGGAGAAGCCGUAUAAAUGUAUGGAGUGUGGAAAGAGCUUCUGUGAAAAUGGGUCUCUUAUGAGACACAAAAGGAUCCAUACAGGAGAAAAGCCGUAUAAAUGCAUAGAGUGUGGAAAGGGUUUCUGUGAAAAUGGGUCUCUUAUGAGACAUAAAAGGAUCCACACAGGAGAGAAGCCAUAUAAAUGCAUAGAGUGUGGAAAGGGUUUCUGUGAAAAUGGGUCCCUUAUGAGACAUAGAAGGAUCCACACAGGGGAAAAACCAUAUAAAUGUGUGGAAUGUGAAAAGGGAUUCAGCCAACAGAGUAAACUUAUUUCCCAUAAAAGAAUCCACACAGGGGAGAAGCCAUAUAAAUGCUUGGAGUGUGGAAAGAUUUUUAUUCAGAGCAGUCACCUUGCUUCUCAUAAAAGGAUCCACACAGGAGAGAAACCAUAUAAAUGCAGAGAAUGUGGAAAGAGUUUUAUUCAUAGUGGUUCUCUUACAUUCCAUAAAAGGAUCCAUUUGGGGGAAAAGCCGUAUAAAUGUGGGGAAUGUGGAAAAGGCUUCUGUGAAAAUGCAUCCCUUAUGAAACAUAAAAGGAUCCACACAGGGGAGAAGCCAUUUAAAUGUGUGGAGUGUGGAAAGGGCUUCUGUGAAAAUGGGUCCCUAUUGAGACAUAAAAGGAUUCACACAGGGGAGAAACCAUAUAAAUGCAGAGAUUGUGGAAAGAGCUUCCGUCACAGUGGUUCCCUUACUUUCCAUAAAAGGAUCCAUACUGGGGAGAAACCAUAUAAAUGUUCUGAAUGUGGAAAGAGCUUCAGGCGGAGCAAUGACUUAAUUUGCCAUACACAGAUCCAUCAUACAGGAGAGAAGCCAUAUAAAUGCAUGGACUGUGGGAAAAGCUUCUGUGAAAAUGGGUCUCUUACUAUCCAUAAAAGGAUCCACACAGGAGAGAAGCCAUAUAAAUGUUUGGAGUGUGGGAAGAGUUUCAGAAGAAGCAGCCAAUUUACUUCCCAUAAGUGGAUCCAUACAGGGGAAAAGCCAUAUAAAUGCAGUGUGUGUGGAAAGGGCUUCUGUGAAAAUGCAUCCCUUCUGAAACAUGAAAGGAUCCACACAGGGGAAAAGCCAUAUAAAUGCAGAGAGUGUGGAAAGACCUUCAUUCAGAGCAGUCAUCUUACUUCCCAUAAAAGGAUCCACACAGGGGAGAAGCCAUAUAAAUGUAGAGAGUGUGGAAUGAGUUUCAGUAGGUGUGGUUCCCUUACUUUCCAUAAAAGGAUCCACACAGGGGAGAAACCAUAUAAAUGCAUGGAGUGUGGAAAGAACUUUACUAAAAAGAGUGUACUUAUUUCCCAUAAAAGGAUUCAUACAGGAGAGAAGCCAUAUAAAUGUGUGGAGUGUGGAAAGGCCUUCAGUCAACAGGGUAAUCUAACUUCUCAUGAAAGGAUGCACAGUGGAGAGAGGCCUUACAAAUGUCGAGAGUGUGGAAAGAGCUUCUCUGAAAAUGCAUCGCUUACGAAGCACAAAAGGACCCACACGGGGGAAAAACCAUAUAAUUGUUUUGAGUGUGGAAAAGGCUUUGGUACUAGUAGUAAUCUUAAUUCCCAUAAAAGAAUCCAUGCAGGGGAGAAGCCAUAUAAAUGCAUGGAGUGUGGAAAGAGCUUCACUAAUAGCAGCCAACUUACUUCCCAUAAUUGGAUCCACACAGGAGAGAAACCAUAUAAAUGUGUGAAGUGUGGAAAGGCCUUCAGUCAACAGGGUAAUCUUACCUCCCAUGAAAGGAUGCAUAGUGGGGAGAGACCUUAUAAAUGCCCAGAGUGUGGAAAGAGCUUUUCUGAAAAUGCAUCCCUUACAAAACAUAUAAGGAUCCACACUGGGGAAAAACCAUAUAACUGCUUGGAGUGCGGAAAGGGUUUUAGUACUAGUAGUAAUCUUAAUUCCCAUAAAAGAAUCCAUGCAGGGGAGAAGCCAUAUAAAUGCAUGGAAUGUGGAAAGACUUUUACUCAAAGCAGUAAUCUUACUUCCCAUAAAAGAAUCCACACAGGUGAUAAACCAUAUAAAUGCAUGGAGUGUGGAAAGGGCUUCUGUGAAAAUGCACCUCUUAUGAAACAUAAAAGGAUCCAUACAGAAGGGAAGCCAUAUAAAUGCAUGGAGUGUGAAAAGGGUUUCUGUCAAAAGUCAUCUCUUAUGAGACAUAAAAGGAUCCACACGGAGGACAAGCAAUAUAAAUGUGAAGAGUGUGGAAAGAGUUUCAAGACAACAAAUGACCUAAUUUCCCAUACACAGGUCCAUUUGGGUGAGAAUCUAUGUAAAUUUUUGAUUUGAUUAAAUCUGCAUUUCCAAUUUGUGUAUGCUGAACUAAUGAAGCUACGGUUUUAAGUCUGACCCUCACAGCUGAUGGUACCAGGGAGAUGAAUUAACCAAUGGGAAAAAAAGCAUGGGUAUGUCUGUUUUAAUUAUGUUAACUUUUAAAUAAUUAUGCUUAAUUGAGUGUACCCAACCCUCUUUAUGCUCGUCUUUGAUUGUAGGAAAGAGUUGAGUUUAUAAUUAUGAACAGUGGAUUUUUUAAAGUACUGCCAUUUGAAAGUGGCUGUUGCUAUUGCACAUCAAUAAAAUAUUUUUUUAAAGUUUACAUUUAUCCUAGUUUCCAGUUGAUUAUAGUUCUUGAUAGGUUUAUAAUAGGUGCUGCUUCCUCAGGCAGCAGAAGGAACUGCAUUUCUUUGAUACAUCUCUUCAAGACAAAGCUCGAUUAGUCUUUCUUCCACUACAGCAGAUACGCAGGUAAAAAUUCAACUGAUCCACAGACACUUCCCAUGGUUUAAACUUUCCUUCUUUUUCAUAAUUUUACAAUUCUUUCCUUUUUUGUUUUUCUUUUACUCCCAAGUUAGGGGUACUCAAGAGGAUGAGAAUGAAAACAACUCCAGUGUGCUGACAUUACAAGUGAUCAAGCAAGAAGGGAGAUCUUUGGAAAUCUGUGGGGACCAAAAUAAAACAGUAUGAAAUUAGUAAAAAUUACUUCAGAAAAAUGACUUCAAUCCUUCCUGACGAAAGAAUAAUGGAUGGAAACUGAUCAACAAAAGAUUCAACCUAGAAAUAAGAAUUUUUCUGACAGAACAGUCAACCAAUGGAACAGAUUGCCUAUAGAACUUGUGGGAGCUUCAUCCCUGGAAGCUUCCAAGAAGAAACUGGACUGCCAUCUGUCAGAAAUGGUGUAGGGUCUCUUGCUUGGGUGGAGGGUUGGAUAGAUCAGCGGACUCCAACCUUUUGGGCACCAGGGACGGGUUCCAUGGAGAGAGAUUUUUCCGCCAACCGGAGAGGGCAUGGUUUCGUGUGCUGCCUGCAUCCCGUGGAUGGGGCUUCGCUUGUUUGCAUGGCCCAGUUGCUGGCAUGCUGCGGACUGGUGCCGGUCCACGCACCAGGGGUUGGGGACUUCUGGAUAGAUGACCUACAGAAUCCCAACUGUUAUUCUAUUCUAAAAUACAAUAAACUGGUCCAACUUGCUUCUACUGUGAAGAACAGAGACCUGAGUCAGCCACUAUGAAUGCAGAAGCAAGGAACUUUUUUUGGUCAAAGGACUCUCAUAAUGUUAGACAAUAAUCAAAUAGAAGUCAAUGUAGUAUGUGAAAAGAGUUUCAGGAAGAAAAUUCCUCUUAAAAAAGGAGCCAGAAUGAUAAGCCCCUGAAAUAGAUGUGCAAAAGACUUUCUCAAGCAUUGGUGUUCUUCCUUUCUAUGGUGUGACAAAGGCUAAUAAAAAGUCUACAUUUGA